UUUACCUAUAUUGUGUAUUUGUCUUCGUGUCCUAUCCUGCUUUUUUAUUUAGAAAUUUUCAUGUGUGCAUACCCACCUGUAAAGAUUCGUUUUAUUUACUCAUGUAUUGAUCGACAAGCCAACGAAUGGUCAAUGCAUUUUUUUUCUGACCAUGAGCUUAGUAUAUAAUAGAAUUGCAUAGGGUUGAUUGUCUAUCACGAAAUUAUUUCUGUAGCCGAAAAGGAGAGAAAAUGUUCGUUCCCGUUAGAUUUUGUAAUGUUUAUGUUUAGAGUGGCAUAACAGGAAAUGGAAUUUUAAUCUAAACUUUAUGGUUCAGGUUACUGUAUCGUGCACUAAGAACAAUGGAUCCCUCAUUAUUUUUGCCAUAUUCGCCUCCAACUGGACUGCCCCAAGAGUCCAAAUUGGUCACUUACAUGAAUCGGUCUACAUCGACUCCAACAAGAACACUGACCCAUGCACUGGGUAAACUUACUUUGGAGGCUUCACCACCCGCCAUCAAAAAGGUUUUGAUAAGUGAGUUUGUGCCAGUGGGCUACUACACUCCCGCUGGCAUACUGCCGGAAUCUCCGGAAAGUUCCCCACCGCAAACAUUAGCACCACUACCCUCAAACAACCAAAUUCAUCAGGAAAAUGUUGGGGGCACAACAUACUUCUAUUCCACUAACUCUGAUAGUCUGAAUACAACUGGAGGAAUGAAUUCUUCUGCUUCCAUGGGCGGCAGUGAAGUAUGCAUGGGCGUUAUGGUGCCCACCGUGGCUGCAUCACCCUACGCUUCGCAAAUGUACGCCGGAGCUCCAAUGAUGCCUAUGACCUCCAAGCCAGGUCUUGCUGCGUCAUUCUAUUUGCCCGAGACCAUAAGAGCGGAGAUUUAUGAAAGGAAUGAAGAAAUGUUUCUUCAAGUUGAUCCCCAUGUAUAUCCAGAUUUGCCUGAGAACAUAGAGAUGUAUUCGCAUCUGAUACCGCUGGAGACUCCAGUGCCCCACUCUAUGUCCACUUCGUUCCGUGGCACCCACCGACACAGUGGGGAAAUGUACGCAUUGAGGCGACUCCACUCUCAUUCGUCAGUCAUCUCCAAGCGUCUUGAGAUGUGGAAGCAGAUCGACCACCCCAACAUUGUGAGGCUUCAUGACUACUUCCCCACGAAGGUGUUUGGUGAUCACUCAAUGAUGUUUGUGUACGAUUACCAUCCGGGGUGCUCAACGCUGAUGCAAAAGUACCUAGCAAACGGCGGCGCUAACUCAGUGGGCGAUGCUAAUAGUGCUUUUCACGAUCCAUUCUCCUCAGACCCAGAUGCCCCCAGGCCGUAUACGCACCAGAAAAACGCAAUGCUACGCGCUGUAGCUUGCGGUGCUCUGUUACCUGAAGCUGUGCUUUGGAGCCUCCUGGUGCAGUUGACUGCAGCUCUCCGAGCUAUACAUACAGCUGGACUGGCUUGCAGAUCCCUGGAUCCCUCCAAGGUAGUGAUGAACGGGUGUCGUAUAAGAAUUUCUUGGUGCGGUGUGAUCGACGCCAUUCACCCAAAUGCUAAUGACGUUGUUCAGGCUCAACAGGAAGAUCUGACGGCGUUGGGUCGGCUGGCGUUGGCGCUCGCCUGCCGUAGCAUGCACUGUGACAACUUGUCAGCUUGCAUGGAUCUCGUCGCCAGAACAUACUCCGCGGAUCUUAAGAACCUGAUACUGUAUUUGUUGUCGACAUCCGCCACCCGUCGCUCCGUCACAGAUCUCAUGCCCAUGAUCGGAGCUCGAUUCUACACUCAGGUGGAGGCGCUGGAACGUCGAGCGGAUGCUUUCGAGGAGCAACUGGCCCUCGAGAUUGACAACGGAAGGCUGCUUCGUAUCCUCAUUAAAUUGGGGGUUAUUAACGAGCGUCCAGAAUUGAACAUGGACGCGUCCUGGUCGGAGACAGGUGACCGCUACAUGCUGAAGCUGUUCCGGGAUUACCUGUUCCACGCUGUGACUGAGGAAGGUCGCCCAUGGGUUGAUCAGGCCCAUGUGGCAUACUGCCUUAACCAACUCGACGGGGGUUCCCUCAAUAGGGUGGAGUUGAUGUCUCGCGACGAGCAGAGUGUGCUCGUUGUUUCAUACGCAGAGCUGAAGCAUUGCCUUGAGCAAGCCUUCGAUGAGGUGAUGCAAGCUGCUGCGGCCCCUCCACCACCAUAACUACCACUUUACUACCCUGCCAUGAUGCAAUAACUAUACGCCGAUCUUAAAUCGAUAGAUUUACGCCUGUUUCUGAAUUGACAAUUCUAUUAAACGUUUCUUCUACUAGGUAAGUCGUUGGCGGCAUAUUAUGGAUGUAUUUUUUUUUAGUCGAUAUGUUCGAGUUGCAGUAUUCAUAAGACUAAAGGUAUGCUCUUAAAUCGACAUUUGUGAAACUGAAGUUACAUGUGAAAGUAAACGUGUUAGGCGUGAAAUUACGCAGUCUGAUUGGAAAUAAUACGCCGCCAAUAGAUACCACAAUUAUAUUUUUUUGUAGCCGACACAAGGCAGUAUUAAUUGACGACUUGUCUUUCCUGACAGGGUUUGUGUUCGACUAUCCUAUCCUUCAGGCUGAAUCGUACUAUUGCAGGUUCAUGGCAGAGAUAUAUAAUAACCAGUUAUACAACUACCAGUAAAAUUCUUAAAUAUGAUGAACACAUAGCUUAUAAUCUAAUAUUUAGCCGAUAUAAUUCAUAUCAUCCUUAAUUAAGACAGGCAGAAUGCACAAACUUUCAGUAAGAAAAUUUCCUGCAACUGACCUAUUACAUUGAAGUUAUUGCAUUGCAUUGCAAGUAUAAUCACAAUACUUUAGGUAUAGUGACCACGCCUUGUGCGAAUAGAUGUAUCGGUUUACGCGUACUUAUAUUUAAUCGCGUUAGUUUUAACUGGAUAGUUUACAAUGUUUGCCGCUCAGUUUAAUGGAUAUAGGCCUACGUGGCUACUAGAAAAUAAUCAACAUAUCUUAUUCAUUGUACUUAACAAUAGGUAGAUUCAUAAAAACGAAACCUCUAAAGCCAUUUUAGCUAUUGGCUGUUUUCUUUGCUUCCGCGCUAUUAUCUUACUUAGAAAGUUACACAACCUUGUUUUGAUCAGAAUUUUUUCCACAAGGGUCUUGUGUAACUAUUUUUCCAGCGUUUAAGAACACCAAUGGUUAAAAUCGGUUUGAAGGAUGUUUUAGUUCUUAUGAAUUAAGUUUUAAUAAUAGUUCUACAUAAGCAUGUUUACAUAAUUAUAUUCCAUACAGUAUAUUCCAUACAUUAUUAGGUAAUAGUUGUCGUAAAUAUCAAGUUUCGGACCUUGUUUUAAAAUAUUAAUUCCUUAGUAAAGUUAAACGAGAGUCUAGUCUUAUCGCAACAGUAUUUUUAUUUGCAUGUAUUGUCCAUUCAGAAAAAGGUCACUAUGACAGCAAUAAUGUUGCCUCAUUAUUAAUGUAGCUGGUUGCCCGUAUUAUCGGACGCCAUUUUGACUGAUAUUUCACAUUAUACUUUCGACGUUCCCUAAAUGAAAUGAAAUUUACAUAUUUGUCAUAAAAGUGGUACAUGUAUAAGAUGAUAAUCUUACGAAGUUAUCCCGUUUUCACUUUUAGUCCUAACAGUGAUGCAAAUAUAUAAGUUUUGUAUUAUCGUAGCGUUUACAUAUAACUUAAUAAAAUUGUUACAUAUUUCAUAAUUAUUAUUAAAAAAUAAUAAUAAAAAUUGGCAAUAACUAUUGUUGGCAACCCAUUGUAAUUUUUGUCUAUCGAAUUUAAGAUCGGACGAGUCCAAUUUUCACUGCAAAUUAUAUACAUAUCUUGAUAUAAAAAUCGUAAAAGACCCCGUAUUUUCUAAAGUCGACCUUUUCUUCAAGUUUUCUUGAACAAUUCAGCAACAUAUUGACACUUAUAAUGUUUCAUUGCAUUGUUUAAAAUGUCCAAAUGCCUAUUUUCUCUAAGAGCUGAAUUAUUUUUGUUUUAGUAUUUAAUAUAUGAUUUGCAGUUAAAACUGGACUUUCUAUGUAAGGUUAAUUUGGACUGCGCAUUUUUUGCGCCAAAUUUAUUCAGUUACAUAUAAAAUACUUUUACGCGCUUUGGAUAAGUUUCAUUUAUGUUGAAAAAAUCAUGCGAUGAAGUUUCGCAGUGUUGGUAGAUUCAUAAUAUCAGAAAGCACCGCCUUUAUUUAUACUGUGUACGGCAUUGAAAGGACAGCAUUGUCAAAUUACAGGUAAAAAUUUGUUAAUUAAAGCACUCAGCAGAGUGUUUUAUUAAUACACUUUAUUACACUAAGU